UAGCAGUGAAAACCGAAGCCGUAGAGAAAAAGCAACGAAAGAAGCAUGGCCGAAAACGACGUUGAGAAUGAGCUGUUGGAUUAUGAAGACGACGAAGAGCCGCAGGCAGCCCCGGAGAGCGCGGUCCCUGCCGGGAAAAAGGAGGUCAAGGGUUCCUACGUCUCCAUCCACAGCUCCGGCUUCAGGGACUUCCUGCUCAAACCUGAACUUCUGCGGGCCAUAGUGGACUGUGGUUUUGAACAUCCGUCUGAAGUCCAACAUGAGUGUAUCCCCCAGGCGAUCUUGGGCAUGGACAUUCUGUGCCAGGCCAAGUCCGGUAUGGGCAAGACUGCUGUGUUUGUGCUCGCCACUCUGCAGCAGAUUGAGCCCGUGGAUGGUCAGGUGUCUGUGCUGGUGAUGUGCCACACGCGUGAGCUGGCCUUCCAGAUCAGCAAGGAGUACGAGCGCUUCUCCAAGUACAUGCCCACCGUCAAAUGUGCCGUGUUCUUCGGCGGCCUGCCCAUCAAAAAGGACGAGGAGGUCCUGAAGAAGAACUGCCCCCACAUUGUGGUGGGCACGCCCGGCCGCAUCCUCGCCCUCAUCCGAAACAAGACCCUCAGUCUGAAGAACAUCAAACACUUCGUCCUGGACGAGUGCGACAAGAUGCUGGAGCAGCUGGACAUGAGGCGUGACGUGCAGGACAUCUUCAGACUGACCCCUCAUGAGAAGCAGUGCAUGAUGUUCAGUGCCACCCUCAGCAAAGAGAUCAGACCCGUCUGCCGCAAGUUCAUGCAGGAUCCGAUGGAGGUGUUUGUAGACGACGAGACCAAGCUGACCCUGCAUGGCCUACAGCAGUACUACUGUAAACUGAAGGACAGCGAGAAGAAUCGCAAACUCUUCGACCUGCUCGACGUCCUCGAGUUUAACCAGGUGGUGAUCUUUGUGAAGUCCGUUCCGCGUUGCGUGGCUCUCUCCCAGCUGCUGGUGGAGCAGAAUUUCCCUGCUAUCGCCAUUCACAGAGGCAUGGCCCAGGAGGAGAGGCUGUCACGGUACCAGCAGUUUAAGGACUUCCAGAGGAGGAUCCUGGUGGCCACUAAUCUGUUUGGCAGAGGGAUGGACAUCGAACGUGUCAACAUCGUCUUCAACUACGACAUGCCCGAAGACUCAGACACCUACCUGCACAGGGUGGCCCGUGCUGGCAGGUUUGGGACGAAGGGCUUGGCCAUCACCUUUGUGUCGGACGAGACGGACGCCAAGACCCUGAACGACGUGCAGGACCGCUUCGAGGUCAACGUGGCCGAGCUCCCCGAGGAGAUCGACAUCUCCUCCUACAUUGAACAGUCUAGAUGAGUGAUUCCAGUCCCAGGGAAGAUCAGUCUGUAGUGCUGGUGUCUUUGUGGAAGAAGGCAGUUCCUUGUUUUAUUUUUCUUAACCUCCCGUCGUACACCCCUUUUACUCUGUUCACAAAACACAAGCGUAACUUUUUUAUUUUUAUUGUGCCCCCGGAGGAGUCAUAUUUUUAAUUUUUUUUUUUUCUUGUUG